AAAACCCGCGGGGUGGGAUCGUGCACAGGAAAAGAGGCUUCAUAGCGGAACGCUCCCAAUCCUGUUAUAGCGUGCGAGUAAAGGGAAACUCAGGCGAACAGGUAACACAGACACACACGCACACGUGGAUUCGGUCAGUGUGGAGGAAUACCAGACGCUGCUCCCAUACUUCAUGAUUUUAACGAGCAAGAAGCACUGACCAGUCCCAAGCUCCACGUCAGGAUGGUCAACAGUGCCUCUUAUGGAUGUCUGCUCGCUUGGAUUAUGAUCAUGGCGUUCGUUUCUGUCUCAGAUGGAUUCGAAACAGGGGCACCACCAAACACCUGCUGGACACGCUACCCGAAGCAUGGUGGUCGUGGGACACAGACAACCAUCUGUCCUUACGUCAUUCGGCUGUCAUCUGAAACUUAUCUACCAGGACAAGAGAUUACUGUCACAAUAGAAGACCCAAAGCAACAAAGAACAUUUAGCGGCUUCCAGAUUGCAGCCUUCCGUAGCGGGAGUAGUGAGCCAGGAAACACAGAGGAGGCCGUGGGUCGCUUCACUCAAGUGCCGGAGGGAAAAGUUCGACUCUUCUCUUGUUUCCCUGGAUACAAAAACAUGGCGACACACAUCAAUGAUCACCAGGUGAAGACAAUUGUUCUGAAAUGGCGCGCCCCUAACAUAAAUGUUGGAAAUCUCACUUUCAGGACUACAAUUGUUGCUGAUUUUGAGACUUUCUGGACCCGAGAAAAGAAAAGCCUUACCGUGGACCGACGUGUUAGCGCCCCUGUAGAAGGGACGACGUUCGCGGUUUACCCUCUGACUUCACUUGUCAAAAGCGUUGACCUCACAGACUGUGGAGAGACCAAGGGCUGCCUUCUCUAUCCCCGCCAGUGCACUGGCAACAACUGUAUCGCCGCCGUCAGUUUCCAGUAUCGUGUUGCAACAGACGAUUUCUUCAUCGAAAUGUAUUCAGAUGCUGCAAAGAAUUACGUCGCUGUGGGAUUUUCGGCCGACAAGAAGAUGGGCCACGAAGAAACAAUCUCCUGUGUCGCCCAAGAUGGUGAGAUGAGCAUACAACAGGGGUGGAAUCCAGCUCUCUACAAUGAAAGAUUGCUCACUCGUUAUCUUUCUGAUAUGGAAAUCAGACAAGCCGAUGGGCGACUUGAGUGCCGCUUUGUCCUGGCACGUAAGUCAUACGUGUACCGUAUUGAUGGGUCAGCAACUCGUCUACAGUAUAGCAACCUGACGUAUGACCGCGAUGACCCGUGGUACAUCCAGCUGGCCUGGGGCAAGAGUAUGCCAGAAUCCAACGUGAUUUCUUAUCACAAAGAAAUGCCUGCCGUGUCAGAUGACAAAAUUGUGAUGAAGGACAUCGCUGUUUACAGAGGUUCUGCUUUUCCCGUCCUUGUUCAAGCUCAUGUGGCUUUAAUGGUGGUCAGCUGGAUAUUCCUCAGCGGCAUAGUGACUGUGUUAUCAAGACAUUACCGAAACUGGAUGCCUCGUGUCAGGAUCUGUGCCACCAAAGUUUGGUUCCAGCUCCACAGAACUCUGGCUGUUAUAAUGUUCAUCUUCACUGGGAUUGGUGUUACAGUCAUAUUUGUACAUUAUGGCGCAGUCAUACGUAAGACUGCUAUACCCCAUGCUUACGUGGGCCUGGCUGUAACAGCUUCCGUGGGUGUCCAAGUCAUAGCCGGCUUCUUCCGUCCUGGCUCCGACAGCAAGCUCAGACCGCUAUUUAACUGGGGCCACCGACUGUUGGGCCAGGCUUCUCAUAUUUUGGCGGCUGCCACAAUGUUCCUGGGCUUUGACAUUGACUACAUCACCAAGGACAUGCGCUUUUUUGGCUUCGUUGCCUUAGGUGUGUGGAUAGGGGUGCAACUGUUGUGGCAUCUCAUCUUUGAAGUGUUCAGGUGUCGUCGAAAAG